GAUGCAAUUGACUGUAGGUUCAGAAAUGUGUGCACGUGUGAAGGGCAUUCUAGUAAUUUCAGUACGAUGGUGGUGAGAAAAGCACCCGGCCUUUUUCCCCAUUUGAGCUUGGGGGUUCUACUAGGAAGUAUGAAAACAAAGAAAAGUAGGUGAUCGGGGAAAGAUAGGAAGCAAAGAAUAUUCAUAAUACAGAGAACAAAAGGGUAAAAGGCCUUAUGCUUUUAGAUAUGUUCUACAACCAAACUCCAGGAACUCUUCCUAAUCAACGGAACUGAGGGUGUGCAUAGUGUAAAUAUUCUGGCCGUGAAACAUGAGUUUCAGCAGCUCUACACUGGGUUCUGGUAGUGGAACAACUAGAAGGGCAGUUGAGUUUGGAAGGACCUAUGUGGUUAGGCCCAAAGGGAACCACCAGGUCACUAUUGUUUGGCUCCAUGGCCUUGGUGAUAAGGGCUCAAGCUGGUCCCAGCUGUUAGAAACUCUUCCUCUCCCAAAUAUCAAGUGGAUUUGCCCAACCGCUCCUACUCGACCAGUAGCCCUAUUUGGUGGCUUUCCUUGCACUGCUUGGUUUGAUGUAGGAGAUAUUUCAGAAGAUGGUCCUGAUGAUUUGGAGGGAUUAGAUGCCUCUGCAGCACAUGUUGCAAAUCUGUUGUCGACAGAGCCUCCAAAUAUCAAACUUGGUGUUGGGGGCUUUAGUAUGGGAGCUGCAGCUGCCCUGUUCUCUGCCACGUGCUAUGUUUUGGGGCGAUAUGGGAAUGAAAACCCAUACCAGCUCAAUCUAAGUGCAGUUGUUGGUCUAAGUGGCUGGCUUCCAUAUUCAAGGACCCUAAGGAAUCGGCUAGAAGAAUCACAAGAGGCUGUAGGACGUGCAGCAUCCUUGCCCAUUUUGCUCUGCCAUGGUUUGGGCGAUGAUGUGGUUGCAUAUAAACACGGAGAGGAAUCUGCAAAAACCUUAAGCUCGGCUGGAUUUCAAAAUCUUAAUUUUAGAAUUUAUAAUGGGCUUGGUCACCAUACAACCCCUGAUGAGAUUAAUGACACAUGUAAUUGGCUGGUUGCAAGAUUGGGGCUGGAGGGAUCUCCUUCGGAAUUUGCAGAAAUAGCAAGAUGUGAGCUAAAACCGUAAAAGUAGAGCGGGGGGACAAGAAAAAAAAAUAAAACAAUAACAAACUUCUCGUUGACGAGUAGAAAGGGGAAAUAAAGUAGAUGUUAGUGUUGGAUAUAGGAUGUAGUGGCAUUAUUUAACGUAGUAUUCCCCUGUGAUCAUAUGCCCUUAUGGUGAUUUUCCCCCUCUAUUUUGAAACCUGUUGGCAUCUUAUGUAUGAGUAAAUUGCUAUUAUAUAUAAUUACAUAUGAACUUUUUGGUGUUAAA